CCACAAUGUAUCGGGAGUAACAUCCGUGUGGUUUUUUUUUUAUAUCCACGUUUCUGGGAGCCUCUGUUGGAGGAUUUCGACAUCACGCCGUCCCGGAGGCACUACUUUUGUUUCAGAGGACAUGAGUUUGGUGGACGUGAGGCAGACGGUGGGGUCCCUGACCCUGUCGCUGUCCAGCAACGACUCCAAGGAGCGUUACUUCGACCGGGUGGACGAGAGUGACCCCGAGUACCUCCGUAGCAGGAACAUGUCGCCGGACCUGAGGCAGGAUUUCAACAUGAUGGAGCAGAAGAAGAGGGUCACCCAGAUCCUGCAGAGUCCAGUGUUUAAAGAUGAGCUGGAGGGCCUGAUUCAGGACCAGCUGACGAAGGGCAACACCCCUACAGGUCUUCUGGCGCUCCGACAGAUUGCUGACCUGGUCAUGGCCAGCACCGUAGGAGGGGCUGGCCCCCUGACUUCGCCCAUCAGCUUCGGGAUGGUGACUCCAGUCAACGACUUGUACGGCGUGGAGUCGCCCUCCUUUGCCAAAGGGGAGAAACAGAGUCGCUGCAGGCUGGCCAGCCUCUACAGGCUUGUUGACCUCUUCAGCUGGGCUCGUUUUACAAGCUCCUACAUUACUGUGCGUGUCAGUAAAGAGCAGGACCACGUUCUCAUCGGUCCACGAGGUCUGUCUUUCGCCGAGGUGACGGGAGCAAAUUUGGUGAAAGUAAACAUAGUUGGUGAGGUUGUGGACCAGGGUUCUACAGAUCUGGGCAUCGACCACUUUGGAUUCGCUCCUCACGCUGCCAUUUACUUAAUGCGCCCUGAUGUGCGAUGCAUCAUCCAUAUACAUACCGCGGCUACAGCAGCUGUGUCCUCGAUGAAAUGUGGAAUCCUGCCCAUUUCCCAGGAGGCUUUGCUUCUGGGAGACGUGAGCUGCUUUGGUUACCAUGGCAGCCUGGAUAAUAAAGAGGAGAAGGUGGAGUUUCAGAAAGCUCUGGGCCCGACUGCCAAGGUGAUGAUCCUGAGGAAUCACGGCCUGCUGGCUUUGGGAGAAACAGUAGAAGAAGCUUUUCACUACGUGUACCACUCACAGCAAGCCUGCGAAAUCCAGGUGAAUGCUUUGAGGUGCGUAGGCGGCGUGGACCACCUCGUGCUGCUGGACAGGGAGAAGUUUAAACCCCUGACCCAGGGAGUCGCCGCUGCCGGGGUGGUGAUGGACAAUGAGGUCAAGUGGAAAGUGGGCGAGGCCGAGUUCGAGUCCCUUAUGAGGAUGCUGGACAACCUGGGAUACAGGACGGGCUACUCUUACAGGAACCCCAUUGUCCGUGAAAAACCCCGCUCUAAGAAUGACGUGGAAAUCCCUGCCACGGUGUCAGCUGUGCCACCGGAGGACACUGAGCUGGGUCUGCGCAGCCCCUUCAAGUUUAUGGUGCAGAAACAGCAGAGGGAAAGGACCCGGUGGCUCACCUCGCCCAACAGCUACUUGAGGGUCAAUGUUCCUGAACAGUCACCCAGCGGGGACGUCAGCCCCAGGACCAAAACCAUGUGGAUGAAGUCCUCGGAGCCGGGGAACAGCGUCGGCACCCCGAUAAGGAUCGAAGACCCCAACCAGUUUGUUCCACUCAACACUGAUCCCACUGAGGUGUUGGAUAAGAGGAAUCGGAUAAAAGAACAGCACAGAGGCGACCAGAUGACUCCAGGACCAAAGUCUCAGUUACUAGCAGGCAUCGUUGUGGACACCAUACCAGGACCGGCUUUCAUCAUCGAGGAUGAGGAGCAGACCCGCUCUCUUCCCCCCAACCCCUUCAAUGAACUCACGGAGAAGGAGCUGGAGGAAUACAAAGAUAUGGUGGAAAAAAAGCAGCAAGGUCAAGAAGAAGACGACGACGCCACUGAUGCAGAUGAGAUGACCACAUUUGAUGGCUCCACCAUCUCCCUCUCCCUCUCUCCCAUAAUGACCCCGGCUAAACAAGACACAAUACCCAACGGGAAAGACCACUUGGCAGAGAUGGAGGAGGAUCUGAGCAUCGAGGUAUCCAAGCUGAGCCUGAGCACUUCAGAAACGGUGGAAAUCUCCAUAACAACGAAGGAGAAGACGGGGGAGGCUCAGACCCCGGAGAGCCAAACCAAGUCCCCCAAGAAGAAGAAAAAGAAGUUCCGUACGCCAUCGUUCUUGAAAAAGAGCAAGAAAAAGAAGGAGGAGAAAGAAAAGACGGAAGCGUGAGAGUGUUUAACUCCAAAAGCAAUAAGUGUUUUUGCAAGAAAAAGAAACAUUUGAAUUGCCUUCCUAAUUUUCAGUUUGUUGAAGGGAAGUGAAAUAAGAGAGAGAUGACUGAACCAUUUAAUCAGAGAGUCUCCCAGGAACAGUGUUGUUGUUGCACAUCCAGCAAAUUCCCCUCAUUCACAGCUAUUAUUCUAUGUGAGCGUUUUUCCAAGAUGUGCCAGCAGAUGGUAAUAUGGAAGUUUUUUUUGUUUUUUUUUCCUUUUCCUUUGAGGAUUGGUGAUUGAUCACUGAGGGCUCAGCAAAGUGAAAUCAAAUCAAAAGUGAAUGCAAAGCUGCAUUUUUAGUGGUUGUUACCCAUAUUUUUAUUGGGGUUUAAAAAUAGGUGAAACAAGGAUUUAAAGCUCGAGAAUACAUCAGAUUGGACCGGUUAGUUUUUUUUUCUUUUUGCACAUCGUUGAAUGUAUUCUGACAGCUAAGAAAUAUGUUUAACAAUUUUAAACAUUUAAGUCAUACCAGUAGUGUAACAGUGGCUGGAGAUUAUUAAGAUUAUAAGAUGUUUAGCCUUAUAAGAAGUACGAUUUGUAUCUGAAUAUAAUCAUAGUUAUCUUGUAAUAAUAUAUGUUGGUUUAUAUUAUAGGUAUUACAAUCUAGUGUUUGAUAGUUAUUACAUAAAUGAUUUGAUAGUUCUUACUUAUUUACAUACUAACUCUUACACUAAACAUGCUGUGAUGGAUAAUACAGUAAUAAUUCAUGUUGUAUGCGAUGCUGUUCCCAUGGUUGCUGCUUUAUUGUACUUGUGACAAGGAAUCGACUGUGACUAACAGAGAGAGCUCAGCUAAGUUGUUGGAUAUUGUUUAUGAGUGACAAAGUUUGAUUUUUGAGUUGUUUUUUUUAUAACAGAAUUGACAGAUAAUCACCACUUCUUUGGACGUUGACAAUGAAAGUGCCAGGUCUGAAUCAAAGAAAGUCGAAUGGCUGUUUUGUUUUUUUUUGACUAAUUUUGUUCCGAUAGUCGGUUCGAUGGCAAUAUGCUGUGGAAAGCUUUUCUUUGUAGCCACUGUUAGAUAUAAAGUUUAUUAUAGGACCAUAUAUUUACAUCCCAGUCAACAAUGUGAAUGAUUUGUUUCAGCCCAAAGGGAGUGAACUCUUUGCCUUUGUAAAUAGUUUUUGUGAAGCUUCUUUUGUUACGCCUAAACCAAAUGUUAAACGAUAGAAAUGUGACAGUACAAUCUAAUAACGACAUUUUAACACGUCUUUUAUCAUAAUGUUUUAUACCCGACUUAUUUACUGAACAUGCACAGCGCCUUUGUGUUUACAGGUUAUGUAAUUUGUGUGCCUAGUGCUUGUGUUUUCCUCUGUUGUUUACAUUGCUAUUUGUAUCGCCUAGAUUUUUUUAAUUUUUAAUUUUUUUUCCCCCCAUGGUGCUUUACAUUACUGUCACCUUGCUUCAAAGUCAGCCCUUUAAAACUGCCUUCUACCUGACGUAAUAAAAGCUGGGAUAUGUUUCCGUAA